AUGGGAGGCACACGGAAGGCUUGUUGGAUCUACCCAAGGGAUGGACGAGGGGAAUAUGAUGCGAGGUGAGUCGGGAUGAGUGGAGAUGGGGAGUCGAUCGUGGGUCUCGUGAUCUGCUUCGACGAAAGAGGUCACUGACUGACUCUUGUGUUCUGCAAUUUGAUAACGGAAUCGAUGGUUCGCAUCACGUCUUCUACGUCGAGUGGGUUCAGACUCUAAUACUUCCUUGUACGGCUCGACGUCCGUUGACACUUUCAUUCUUACGCUCAACCCUUCUUCGUAUGUCGCCACUCGUUCAAUACGAACAAGGACCCUCCUCGAUCCAUCUGGGUGCACCCUUUUGCAGUAGGUCCUAUCUGGCUCCGAAAGGGAUGAUCAUGUACGAUGCUGACACAUUUUUAUUUAAUUACUUGUCUAUGCAGGACCUGAGUAGUCGAUACGUGAUACCGAACAGCAAGUAGGCAGGAGCUUCGUAUUCGCUCAUGAUGCGCUCCUUCUUCACCCCAUCAGAUCAGCCCGACUUUUUGAACAAGGUCUGCGGUUCCGAACGAACGAGGCUAUUCGGUGAUCCAAGUCAGGACUUCGAGAUCGGGCUCAACGACAACGAAAAUAGCACCCGUCACCGCCAGCCCUCUUUCGGCCACCUCUACCUUGUCGCACUCGGCGGCCUCCUCCGAGUCGAAAACCCGUUCCCUCGGCCGACUUCUCAAAGAUAAAGUCACCUCCUCAAUUCACGAAGGACCUGAAGCGCUCCGUCUCAAACGUUCUGAAUACACCGAUCGAUUGUACGUCGAAUACAAGACCGCGAAAGAAGUUUUGUCAGAGGAUCUGAAGGAGGGGAGGUAUGAGCAGAGAUUUGAGCCGCCUGAGGAUGGGGAGAAGGGGGUUGAGAUGGGUUGGGGUCCUUAUGGAUUUGGGGUGGUGGUCAAGAGGAAUACAGCUUUGAUGAGCAAGUGA